UGUGAUAUAAAUAGUUUCUUCAAGUUGGAGAAGGAGUGAGCUCAACGCUCAGAUUUAGUAGUUAUUUUGGAAGUGAAUACGAUCUAAUUAUAAAUGUGAUGCGAACAGUGUGCGCCCGAAUCAGCGGAUUGAUCCUCACAGUGGCGAGUGGUAUUAUAUUUUGUCGACGCUAAAGUGUAGCAUCAAACAUGGGAGAUAUAUCAGAGCCUAUUAAAAAGUGCAUUGCCAUUCUCAAAGCGGCUAAAAGUGAUACGGAAAAAUUUGCGGCCCUUUUUAUGGUCACCAAAUUAGUCAAAGGAAAAGACUGCAAUACCGCAGCAAAGAAGGCUCUGUUUGAAGCAAUCGGUUUUAAGUUUCUCAAGAAAUUAUUAACAGGAACCAAUAAUCAAGAUGACUGCCCUACAUCAGUGUAUAAAUCAGUGGCUCUGUCUGUCCUCACAUGCUUCUGUAAUGAGCCAGAACUUGCAACACAUCCAGAAAUGCUUGCAAAUGUACCAGUAUUUCUAGAAAUAGUACAAACAUCAGAUAAUGAUGACUAUGAUGAUAAUCUGAUCAUUAUAAGUGAAGCCUACACAUGUCUUCAAUGUAUUGCUGAACAAGAAGCAGGACAAAAGGCUCUGAUUGAAGUGGGUGCCAUUAAGAAAAUGUCUGAGAUAUAUUCACACCAAAGUUUUCAAACUGAUGAAGCUCUGAAUAUCCUUGUGAAACUUGUUAGUAGAUAUGGACCUGAUGCUUGGGGAAAUGACCCGAAACCAUUCCAUGCCUUGGUUAAUAAGAUUGCACUGGACUUUGCAACUGAUCAGUCUGAAAGAAAAUUUGAACUCGCCUCAAUCCUAAGUGCUCUAUUGUACAGUUGUAAUAAAAUAACAGUCUUACCAGGAUCUUCUGAUGAAACUUGGCCCCAGAGUAUUUACAAGGCUCUGAAUGAUAUAUUAACCAGUAAAAUUGGGAAAAAUCAAAGAGAUCCAGCUUUAAAGUUGGCUGCAAAUAUAAUUGACCUGCUUGGAGUUGAAUGGACAUUCAAUGAUGAAGAAAAUCCUAAGAAAUUUUUCCUAUUACUCCUACAGCUCUGUGCCAUUGAGAUAAGAAUGCAGCUGGAAGAUAGAAGUUUUAAACAAGCAUUUGCUAAUGCAGACCUAGUCACUGCAUGUUUCAUUGUUCUAGAGUCUUCAAUCAAUUAUAUGGCAACUGACCAACUUGAUUUGGAACAAAAAGAAAAACAGUCUGUUUACACUAGUCUGAAGGGUGCAUUUAAUGCUGUUGUAUCUCUAUUAACUAAAGUGUCUAAUGACAAAAACCGAGAUAAACUUCCUGAUAUAGAAAAAGUAUUUGUAUGUGCCAUGGUAAGAGUUCUAGUAUCUUGGCUUGCCCAAGAAACCACUGCAAUGAGAGAUCAAAUAUAUAAUCUCCUCCCUUUCAUGUUUUCUCUUGCCAAUGAUUCUUUUCAUGCUUAUAGAGCACGAAAAUUGUCAGAAAAAAAUAAGUCUGAUGGAGAAUCUUUGGGUAGCGAAACAUCUUUAAUGGGUCAAAUAGAUUUAUUACGACUUAUGCUACCAGCACUUUGUCAUCUUGUUGUUGAAGACAAAGCACGAGAUAUUGUCCUCAAUUUAAAAGAAGAGGAUAUAUUGUAUGAGGCAAUGAAUUUUCAUUGGUCUAUUGUACAUUAUAAAAAGCCACCUGUGCCUAAAUCGGAAAGAGGUAAAGUCAAGACUCAACCAGAGCCAGAGCUUGACCCCAAAGUUGUUGAAGACAUGAAAGAUUCAAGAGCAGCUAUGGUCAGCCUUUGUAAUAUUUUUAUGAACUUGACAGUGUUGGCUCCAAAAGUUGUAGAAAAUAGCCUCUUAUUCAACACCUUAUUGAAAUUCAUUUUCAAUAACUUACCUGAAUUGAAAAAUACAGCUGAGAAUCUUGUACUACAUGGACAUCUAGCAGUUUUGGGAUUGCUACUACUGAAGCAACAGGCUAGUAAAGUCAAGAAAAAUGAUUUUUCUAUAUGUCGCUAUAUUCAGUCAACUAUUAGAUUCUUGUGGGAUGCCUACAUUGUAGAUGAGUCUAAUGAUCCAAGCGCACUUGUGGUGUCCAUGACAUAUAAACAAGAUUGGAAUGAAAUUGCAGAUCUCUGGUUUUUAGGAAUGCAAACACUAAGUGGUGUUCUGACAAGUAUUCCUUGGAUAUCUGAGUUUGCUAUUGAGAGUGGUUGGGCUGGAGGCAUUGCAGAGAUGCUAGUUAAAGUGAAAGUUGGUACAUUGCCUCCUAAUGUCAAAUCAGCAUUUGAAGACUUCUUAUGCAAAUUGGUUGACUCAAAUGAGAACUCCAUUGCAGUCCUUAAGAAAGGUGGUGCAUUGAAAAUGUGUAGAAACCACAGAAUGAUGGACUUAGGAAAGAAGCUCUUUGGAGACUAAAUUUUCUGACACUUAUUUUUUUAAUUUUUUGUACUUAAAAAUAAUUACAUAUGUGGACAUAUAACAUGACUGUUGUACUUUUGUAAAUAUGAUUUGAUUUGUUAAAUUUAGCUAGCACAUUUUCGUUUUUAUAAUAUUUAUCCAAUAAAGAGUAUAAAUGCUU